UUAAGUAAGACGGUAGGUACAUCGUGAAUGUCAAUACCUGUUCCGCACAAGCAUAUAAAAGCAUCUAAAGUUGUUCCCAAAAUCAUUCCAACAACAACAACGAAACCAAAACAACCAUGUACACCAAGGUCAUCGUAUUCAUGUGCGCUGCAGGCAUCGCCUCAGCUGGAAACCUUCUCCACGCUGCACCCGUCGCGUACGCCGCAGCACCCGUCGUCACCAAAACAAUCUCACCCGCUGUGUCCUACCAAACCAUCUCUACCCACUCAGCUCCCGCGCUCACUACGUACUCCGCACCCGCCGUCGCUGCUUACUCCGCGCCCUUGGUGACUAAAGCCAUCGCUUCCCCAGUGUCUUACUCAUCCGUAGCCCAUGCUGCUCCAGUAGCAUACUCUAGCCCUGUGUACACUAAAACCAUCGCCGCCCCAGUAUCUUACUCGUCCGUGGCCCACCCCGCUGUAUCUUACUCUUCAGUAUCCCACGCUGCCCCAGUUGCGUACUCCAGCCCUGUUUACGCUAAGACUAUCGCUGCUCCCGUGGCCACUUACGCCGCCGCUGCUCCCGCCUACUCCACUUACGCUGCUGCACCCGUACUGAAGUCUGCCAUCACUUACUCUUCUGCACCCGCUGUCUCUCACGUCACCUACUCUGGUUUGGGUGUCAACUACGGAUGGUAAAAUGUUAAAAAAAUUAAUAGCCAAAUAUGUAAAUACGUCUCACUUUAAUUUAUUGAAAUGAAACUAAACAGUAAAUAAACACAGUUAAAAAA